AAUUGCCCUCUGAAAACAGCGGCAGAUGACAGCAGCGUCUAGCGCUCGCAAACAUUGCUAAGUUAGUGAGCUAGCUGCUUCACGUCACCCGAACAGCUCCCUGGAAUUCAGCGCUGCCUGCUACGGACGGAAGAUGUCGAAAAAACAGAUUUACUAUUCUGACAAGUACACCGACGAGGAGUUCGAAUACAGACAUGUGGUGCUUCCAAAGCAGCUGUCUAAAUUGGUGCCUUCCUCCCACCUGAUGGCAGAAGACGAGUGGAGGGGACUCGGCGUGCAACAGAGUCAGGGCUGGAUUCACUACAUGAUACACAAACCAGAGCCUCACAUACUGCUUUUCAGAAGACCUCUCCCAAAGGAUUGAAUGGAAACCUGUAGAAUACCUGCUAUCAUCUCUGCUGAUUUGUAUUGUCUAUGAACCAUACAUCUCUCCUACAUACGUUCCAACGUAUUGUCUAGAAUAUCUUUAGUUGUCUUCUGUCCUUAAAACUCCCUCAAUUUUUAGAGGUAAUGAAAGGCAAACCGCUUGAUUGCACUGUGAAUGAUAACCGUAUAAACGAUAUGAUGGUAAAGGUUUGCCUGUCAAUUGUAUAUCUUAAUGCAUUUUUUAAUGUCUUUUUGAUGCCAAUUUUAUAAUUGAUUUAUUUACUGAGUACCGUGUAGUUUUCUUUUUUUUUCCUUUUCCUCAAGUCGAUUAUUUUCCCAAAAGAGCUUUCUAUGUUUUUGCUGUUCUUUAAACUUGUGUUAUGUACAUAUUAUUAUUUCGAGAUGUUAUAAAUGUUGACUGAGUCAUGGUUGAUUCAACACUUUCUUUGUUGCUGAAAGAACAAAUUAAAUGUACUUCUUCACAUUA